GCGCGUACCUCCGGAGCUGAUGGACCAUGUUGAGGACUUCGUUUGUCGUGAGUGUGUCCGCGCCGCUUUCCCUGAUCUCGACAACCCCCAAAGGGACCCAGACAUUGAUGACCCGAACAUGGAAGAAUCACUGAGGAACUCCGAGGUAGACCAAAAGAUGCGCGAAGCGCCUCCCCCGCUGAGUCUUGAGGAGAUGCAACGCAGAGAACGUCUUUCAGCGAUGAGGCGUGCUCAAUCUCAGACCUUUAAGAUAAAAAG